AUGUCAAAAAAUAGAAUUGAAGCUCCUGCUCUGACAGAUAGAUCUCAAUAUCGAAGAAUAAGUUAAAAAAGUGUGGAUGAAUUAAAUCAGGUAAGAUAUUUUGAAUAAAAUUUAGACUCUACAUGCUAGAAUUAAUAGUAUGGUUGGACUUGAUGAUUAGUUAACAAAUAAAAUAAAGUAACUUUAAUUAGGUUCUCUUACACCAAAAGACUUAUCAUCAAUAAGUUUAUCAUUGUAAGAUAUGGUAAGCACUUUAUAAAAGGUUUCUUAUAAUGAAAUAAUGUAUAAUCAACUAGUAAGAGAAAAUGAAAAAUUAAAAAAUGAAUAAUCUUAUUUGAAAGCUUAACUAUUUAAAUUUAAUGCCUUAAUCUAAAAAAUGUAAAAAGAGCAUUAAGUGCUAUUAGAGAAGAUUAAACAGUAAGAGAUUGAUAUAAAUAAUUUUAAUAAAAAGCUUUUAGCUGAAUAAAAAGUUAAUGAAGAAAUUAGUAAGAUUAUUAUUGAAAUAUGUAGCAAAAAAAUUAAGAAGAUCAGAAUAAAGAGUUUAAAUAAUUUUAGAGUCAAAAAUAACUUUACAAAAAGAUUAGAUAAAAAAUAUUUGAUUGAUGCAUUAUCUGAAAAUGAACAUAUAAAAAAAGAUGCAAUUUAAAAAUAAAAGGAUUAUUAAAAGUAAACAAAAAUAAAUAAUUAAUUAAGACUUUAGCUGACAAAUAAUGUUUUAAAUUAAAAGUUAUAAAGAUUAAACAAUAGAUUUUACAUAAGUGGAAAGUCUUAAAAUGAAGAAGAAUUUAUAGAUUAAGAGAAAAUGGUAAUAACAUUUACAGAAAUUCCUAAGAAUUUUGUCUUUCGUCAUGUAUUUUAAAAUUAAGAAUGCAAAUGUAAAUAUUAAAAAUAACGAUAGAAUUUAUUUAAUCAGCAUUAGAAUUUUCAACAGAAGAUUUCAAUAUGUAUUUAAAUUCAUAAAAUUAAGAAAGUAAGAAAAUGUAAUUAACUUGGUUAUUUAAUCAUAUGGUUAAUUAUAGAGAUUUUAGCCUUGCUCAUAAUAAUUUUAUAGUAAAAUUGUCACAAUUGAUAUAAUUAAACAAUUUUGAUGAAAUCUACAGUUUUAUAACAACACUUUCAAGUUUUUUUAAAGUUUCUCAUAUAUAUCUUUGGCUUAGGGACUUUUAAACUGGAUUUUUCAUAAAUGUGAAUGAUAGUAAUAAGAGAAAAAUAAUGUGUACAAAGGGAGCAUUUAGAGAUAGUCUUGAAUCAAGAGAAGCAGUUAAUAAAUUAACCGCACAUAAACAUAUGAUGUAUUAAAAUGAUAGAGGAGAAGAUGUUUUUUAAGAUAAUACUUAUAUCUUUCCAGUAAUUACAGAUUAAACUUUACCUGCUGGUGUUAUAGAAUUUUGUCAUCCUACACAUAGUAAUAAUUAUAAUGAUAUAUAAUAUUUCGCAUCAAUUUUAGGAUUAUUCGUUAAAUUAACAAUAUAAAAAAUUGAUGGAGAUAAACAUUAAAAAUCAUUAUUAAAAUAAAUAGAUAUAUUAUAGAAUGAAUUUUUGAAAUUAAUGAAAGCUAAUGACAAAUUUCACUUUUGUGAGUUGGUAAAAGACAUGUAACACAAAGUUUUAUAAUUGUCAACUAGUGAAAUAGUUUUUGUAGAAGAAGAUUGUUUAUGGAAAUACUUCAAUUAAGACAUUAAAAAAUUGAAUAAUAUUGCUGGAGUAUGUGGUUAAGUGGCUAUAAAUUAAGCACCUGCUUAUUUUAUGAAUAUUUCAAAAGAGCUAAAUUAUAAUGAGAAAAUUGAUAUGUAUUCUAUUGCACCUAUUUUCAUUUAUCCAAUUAUUCACAAAAGUUAAACCUAUGCUUUAAUUUAGUUAUCCUUAACAAAUAAAUAAAUUGAUAAGUAUAGAUUUAAAGAACCUUUGAUAAGUUUAACAUAGAUAUCAAAUUAAGCUAGGUUAUUUUGUGAAUAUGUUACAACAGCUUACAUUAAUAGAUUUUUGUGA